AUAACCAAGUCUGUGUCGUUGCGAAUGUAAACAAUAUGGCGGUAUAAACAUAAAAUUUGCAGGUGCUUUUAGAGGUUUUGAAUAACUGUAUGACUGUGACGAUAGACAAACAUUAUAAUUACUAAAGUUUAUACCAUGGCGCUGAUAAAAUCAGACAAAAAGAUGGUACAAUAUUCCUGGGAUGUAAAGUCAACCAGAAAGCCACGAAUGAAGUUGCCAAGCAUAACAGAUAGACCAGCUAUAGACUAUGAUAAAUUAAGAUUGUUGUGUGAAACUGAGAAACUGAGAGAUAAAAAUGAUGAACAAUCCCAGGAAGAUUUCCACAACAUGUUUAUGGAAAACUACCAGAAGCUUUUUGUUCAGCCGCCUAAGAGACAUGGAAUACCCAAUCAUUCAGCAAAGAGAGGAAAUCCAAAGAAUUCAUCAUUGAGUGUCAGUCAAAAAGCUACUGGGCCAACAACCAACAGCGAGAAGAAAUCUAUUUUACCUGUGAAAGAAAAAGAAUUUUCUCAUGAUAUUAGAGAUUAUUUAGUACCAUACCAUAAAAGAAGAUCAAGUGAUCACCAAAAAGCUUUUCGAAUAGAGAAUGUAAAAAUACUGAGAAAAUUGUUACGAAAACUACCAUUUGAGAGAAUGUCUGCUGAAAACGACAAAAUUUGUUCAGUAUUGAAAAAUAUUCCAUAUUUUUCUGAAAACUUGACACCAAAUGUUUUAAAAGAACUUUGUGUAGUUGCUCAACUAGAGGUUUGGAAGGACAGUGAUUUUGCAGUAUUUGGUAAUACAGGUUUACAUCUAAUAUUAAAAGGAUCAGUUCAGACUGAUUCUAAUCCAUAUUUGAUAACAGAGAGAGAAGAAUCAACUUUAACAUCUUUAUCUUCCUCUACUGAUGUGGAACAAAACAACGAACCUGAUACCGUUAAGCUAUCUGUUGGGCAGUGCUUUGGUACCCUAAAGAAACUUGAAGGAAAAGACCCCACCUGCAAAGAAUUAAGUGUUGUAACUUUCGAAGCUAACUGUGAAUUCCUGAAAAUUUCCACAUCCGAUUAUAAAAGAGUUAUGGAGCAAAUUAAACAGAAAGAACACACAGAAAAGUUAAACUUAAUAUUAUCAUGUAGUCAGUAUAGUAACUGGCCUAGACAACCUUUAUUAGAAGUGGCUAAUCUUAUAGAAUGGAUGAAAUAUACACCUAAUACAGUAUUAGUAAGUGAAAGUUAUAAGUCACCAUUCAUUGCAUUUAUAAAAUGUGGUGAUUGUCAUGUUUUAAGACAAGUAGAAGUAUUAGAAACAUUGAAGAAUGGUCAAAAGGAACAUAAAUCUAAACAGGUUGUUAUUGGAAAACUAGGUGCUUCAAACUCGUUUGCUGAGCUAAGUGUUUUAUUAAAAGAACCUAUGUCCUGUUCUAUAGUAACAGCUAGUGCUGUUGAAUUGGGUAUUAUUAAACCAGAAAGAAUACAAGAACUGGAUGAAGUAACUGUACAAUUAUUUAAACAAUCCAAUACACAUUUAUUUGGUAAUUUGACAAAGGAUGAUAUACAUGAAGAAUAUAUGCAACAAGAAUUAAAGAGAGAAUGGAAUGAGUUUAAACAUCAUGUAGUUGUCGAUGUUAUUAAUACAAGAGGAAUCAAACCAGGUUAUGGAAAAUGGGCCAAAUGAAACCAU